AUGGCUUCUUCCGCAAGAACCACGGCGUUUUGUACUCAUACUGAGCUCCGAGAUUUUGUCAAAGAUGCCAGUCACCUCUUCAACAACAACCUGGCCGUCCCGGUUUGGGGCCAAGUUUUCUCCGAUCUCCAUGCAAACAGCUGUAAGUUCAAGCAGCCUGAGGGUCCGGAGGGACGCAUUCAUCGACUGUUCGCGAAAUCGAACUUCAGCCGAUUGAGCGCCAUCUCCGGUCUCGAAAAACCCAUCGAAACCUGGCUGGACCCCAAGUGGACUGUCACAGAUACAUUCUACGACCGUAUACGCCCUGCCCUUGUCUUGGCUACCAGGCUACUUGAAGAGACUGGUGAAUUCUUUGAUACGGUCCUCUUGGGCAAAAUCCAGGAUCGGCGAAACGGAAGAUUCUAUGCGUUGGAAGAAGGAUUGACAGAGGGACCUUCUUUCUUUCCGGAAGGCCAUUCGUCUCUCAAAAAAUUUCAAAUUUUCACCGGAUACAACGAGGAGAGUUGUGAAGAGGCUCAUGCAACAGCACAACAUGGUAUGUUUCCUCAGAAAGGCUCUCAACGUCUUGCAACCCAGGCGAUACAGUUGAAUACCAGACAUACCACCUUCUUUACGCACGCCCACUACGAUUUAUUUACUGGCGAAGUCAAGCAACGAAUCCUAUUCAUGCUUGCUGUAACGCUUGUGCACGAGCUUGCUCACGUGUGGUAUGACUGUAGGAUGUUUGACUACAUGCGACAAGUUCAAUGGAUCGUCGCAAAAUGCUUGCGAGUGUCAGAGCCUUUCUUUACCGGCGAGGAACCAGAGCCUGAGUUGGGCCUCUCAUGGGAGUCCUUCGCUUUCGGGUGCCGACCUGAACCUUAUUGGCCCGAAGACAGAGGCCGAAUGCUCCCCUACGCCCUUGUCACGGACAUUGCUUGUCACCCUUACAGAAAAUUUACGACCGAGGAAAGAAAAGGAACGUUCGCUGCCAGGGCCUUGACAUCGCAAGAGAUAGCAGCCUUCCUCAACGCGGACAGUUGGAAGUUGUUCCAGAGGCUGCGACCAGGGGGUGAUCUUCAGUGCUACAAGGACGUCGCCGGCAACAACGUCCUCGAAGUGAUGUCGACGGUGGCCUUCAUGGAGGAGUUCAAGGCGACAAGUGGAUGCUACCCACGGCCGGAGGAGAUCUCAGUACCCGAGCCAAGAGUCAUCAUUCACUUAACGCAUUUUCCCCCAAUAUAUAAUUACGAAUGCUCUGGACUGUCGUCCAUCUACGACAUCUUCCUAGCAUACUCGGACCCGGAGAAUGAGGAGCCUGCCGACGGCACUAAGGGAACUGAGUAUUCAACAAAAGCCACCGAACUCAAUGUAGAUCCGAGCAUCGGUGGCAAUGAGGACGAUGCGAUGAAUGCCAGGGAAUGCAGUGCGAACUCACCAGUCCUUACUUGCGAUGACGACAAGGAGUCGCUCAAUGGCAUCGACCGAAUACCCGACGGCACUCACUGCGUACCAACACCUCCACCGUCCCCUUCUUUCGAGGACGGGAUCCCUGACUAUUCCGAGUGGUGGGCCGCUCUUGGUCAACAAGCAAAGAGCAACCCUCUACAUCAAGCUGCUCGCGGUGGCCGCAUGACGGGAGGGCGCGGAGGUACCCGUCGUGGACAUCAGCGUAACAGAGGUCGAUACCAACGAUGA